ACAUCAAAAAAUGACUGUGAAAAGACUUCUAGAAGCUGACACCGAGAUCGAGAACAUGGCCAUGGCUAACUGCUUAAUGCUCCUAUCUACCGUCGGAAAAUCCGCCCAACCACGGCGGUUGUUCCACUGCAAGACCUGCAACAAGCCGUUUCAGUCGUUCCAAGCUCUCGGCGGCCACCGUGCCAGUCAUAAGCGACCGAAAUUAAACGACGACGGCCUGAGUCAAUCGCCGCCCAAACCCAAGACGCAUGAGUGCUCCAUUUGUGGACAGGAGUUUGCCAUCGGACAAGCUUUGGGUGGUCAUAUGAGACGGCACCGUGAUGAUGCUACCGGAAAAACCAUUCGGACGGUGGCGAAGAAGAAGCAAAGUACGGAGACGAGAGGAUUCUUUUUGGAUUUGAAUUUGACACCAUACGAAAAUGACUUGAAACUGUGGCCUAUUGUUACAUGAUCUUUAGUGAUGUAAUUAUCAGGAGGGAUUUUUGUUUUUUAAUUUUUUGUGUAAAUUAAUUUAUUUUUGAGAUUUG